CUUUGACGGAAGGGAGCCAAAUAACCCCAUUUGCUGCCUUUUGCAAUGACCAGCAGCUUUCCCCAGCUGCCAGAGGGAAGCCUUUUCACAGGAAGCCCAGUUCUACGGCAACACCAUGACCAGCAACAAUAGUCCCGAGGAGCCACUUUCCACAACCACUGUUAGUUCAGUUCUGGUUGAGGCUGGGGAUUGCAGAAUUGUCAUCGCUCUUCUGAAGUGUGGCGAAUGGGUACAGCUGCAGCUAGUUGAAUCAAUACCAAAUUUAUUAGAAAUUGGCAGCAAUGAAGAAGAGACGAAAAAAUUAUUAUAUGAUCAUGAACUUCUCCUGACUAAGCUUAAGCCUUUGGAAGGCCACGUUUGGGAUCUCUUACGGGAAGCCGACAAGACAGCUGCAGAGUAUCAAGAUGAAGAGCAGGUGUAUGAAGCCAUGGCGGAAUCCCUGGGAGAUGCCUGGGACUCCCUGACGAUUGUUCUGGAGAAGCGGAGGAUGCUGUUAAAACUGAGUUUGGAUUUCUUUGAAAAUGCUCUAGAGUUUGCUGCCAAAAUUGACCAAGUUGAAGAUUUUCUGCAGUAUUCUCAAGAGUUUGAAAACCCCGAAUCUCUGAAAGAACUCUUGCAUCAGCACAAACAGCAUACAAAAGAGCUUCUGGAAAAAUCACUGAGACUCUUAAACAAAAGCCAUGACCUAACCGAAUUCAUACAGGAAUUCAAAUCUGAUGGGCCGAAUAUAAAUCCAGAAUUCAUUCAGGGAGCCCACAAUAGUUGUUUGAAAAUUGACAUUCUCCUCGAAGUCCUGCAAGACAGGAGGAGACAGCUGGACAAAUACUUGAAGCUGCAGGGUGAAGGAUUGGAACAAGUUUUGCAGAUCUGUCAAUGGCAUUGCCAGGAGAACCAGAUAACCUCUUGGUACAAGAAGAACAUAAAAGAUUACAUUAAUAAGCAAAACUUGGGGUCAUCUUUAAAGGAAAAUGAAGCAUUGCUUCAGGAACACAAGGAAAUGGAAUAUAAGGUUAAAGAAUGGAAUUCCGCUAUGCAAGGAUUAAAAUCAGAGGCACUCAAAAUUCUGCUUUCAGAGGAGUAUGCAGAAAAAGAGCAUCUAAAGCUUUCAAAUAAAAAAAUGAACUUACUGGAACAAGAAGUAAAUCGCUGUUUCGAAGAACGGAAAGCAUUGUUGCAAGAAGCCAAUGACUUCUUCAAUGCAGCAAGGAAGGCAUAUGAUAUACUUGAAAAUGUAGAGGCUUCCCUUAAGCUUUUUGAAUCUAAAGUUUUCAGCUUGCCCAUUUUGGCAAUAAAACAUGAGGAACUACAAAAAGAAAUUAAAAAUGGAUCAGAUAACGCUCUUCAGAAGGGACAAGCCUUACUUAGCAAACAAGAUGCUCACAGUUCUUGGAUGAUUGGGAUUCAGGAAAGAAUGGACUACAUUGAGAAAAAAGUAAAUCAGUUGAUCAAACAAUUUCCUGAUCAUGGAGAAUUUACCUCAAACAAGGAACACCUAGCCACUUCCUUAGAAGAUUACCUAAAGAAGGCAUCAAGAAAGAUUCAAAACAUUGGUCCAGUACUCUCAGCUGCAGUAAAUCCUGGAUCAUCUGCUCCUGAAUCAGAAGAAGUCCUGAAAAAAUAUUUAGAGCUGGCGAAUCAAACCAAGGAGAUGGCCAAUGAACUAGAAUUGGCUGUAAGAAUUUGUAAGGAAAUGGAAGAACUAGAAACCACUGAAAUAGCAGUUUUUUCAAACAAAACUGAACUUCUAAAUGAAGAACUGGCAACACUGAACAGAAAUCUUUCCUUAAAACUCAAAAUCCUGAAGCCAUAUGUAGCCUUCUUAAAGUCAUCAGAUGAGGUUGGAAAUGAUGCCCAGAAGCUGAAAGAAUUCUAUAUAAGCGAGCCUGCAGAAGACAUUGAAGCUAAAAAUGAGGCCUUGCUACAAUCAGCUGAUGUCCAGUGGCAUUUGGUUUUGAAGAAGAUUCUUUCCACUCAAGAUAUGGGUCAUGACUUUUUAAAUUUAGUAAAGAUGGUGAAUAACAAUCUAAUAAUGAAUGUGGAAAAUGUAGUUCAAGUAACGGAACGUACUCUUGAUAUUCUGAACAAAGAAAAAGAAGAAUUAACUGAGCUUUGGGCAAAAUGGAAACUAAGCAUGAAUCAAGUGCAAUCGAUCAAGCAACAAUGUGGAAAAUUUAAUGAGCAAUUUAAAAAUACAACACAACGCUUAGUCGUCCUUCAAGAGGGACUCAGAUCUACUCUGGCACUUGAUCUUGGAAGUAAUCUUUCAGUACUUAUGGAAUUACAAAAUAAAUUUAAUGAAAUUAAGCCACAGUUUCAGCAACUCAAUGCUGAGGUGGAAUACACAUUAAAGUUAUCAGAGCAGCUGGGCUUGAAAGGAGCUCCUGACAUGGAAAAAUCUGAGAAAAUAAGUGAGCUCAUUCAUCUCCAUAAGGAGAUAAAGGAAAUGAUGGCAAAAUACGAUGAAGUUUUCAACAAGACAGUCAAAUUCCACAAAGUCAGAGAGGAGCUUGAAGGUCUCAUAAAAUCGGGAGGACCGGAGAUCCUACAAAUGAAAGAUGUGCCAAGUGACACUUCCCACGCUAAGAUCCACCUGACAAAUGCUCAGGAGAAGCAUGUACAUAUCAGGCACCUGUAUAAAUUGGCACUUUCGCUUGGAAUGGAUAUACUCUCAACUGUAAAACAUCCUAAUUCCUUUAAUAUUUCUGUAAAGAACUUACAGCAACAACUGGAUACCAUGGAGUCUGACAGCAUUAACUGGGACUCCAAAGCUGAAAAGUACGAGGAAGAGCUGUCGCAUGUCCUCCAUUUCUGCAUGACAAGGGACGAGAUACACGAGCUCAGAGAAUCCUUUAAAGAUCUCAGAAAGAAAUUCAAUAACAUGAAAUUCAACUACAGCAAGAAAACAGAAAAAGCACGAAAUCUGAAGACUCUAAGAAUUCAAAUUCAGCAAAUGGAUGCUUUUUCUGAAAAAUAUCAGGUACUGAGAAACAAGUUAGAGAAUCUAAAGAAGAAAGUUUUAGAUUAUCUAUCGACUCAACCAAGUGACAAAGCCGAAUUUAUUUCUGCAGCAGUCAGUGAAUUAGAGAAACAGCUGACUGAAUUUGGGAAGAUUAUGGAAGAUUACAAGAAAAAUUUGGAACUGAUGGAACAUUUGCAAGAGAUGAUGGAAGAGUGUCAAUUUUGGUGUGAAGAGGCAAAUGCAACAGUACUUAGGGUUGGAAAAUACUCAGCAGAGUGCAAGACGAGGGAAGCAGUAGAAAUUCUCUACAAGCAAUUCAAGAAGUUUAUUGAUCCUGUGAUCCCUCAGCAAGAGGAAAGAAUCCAGCAGCUUACUAACCUUGCUAAGGAUUUAUAUGGUAACGAAGAAGGAAAGAAGUAUGUUGAAAAAAUAACAGCAAAACACAAAGAAGUUCUUAAUUCUGUCAGUGAACUGUGUAGCUCCUUGACAGAACUUGAAGAUAAGCUUGGGGAAGAUUCGUUAAAGGGGAAAUCACCAAAUUCUAACAAAUGUGAUGAUGAGCUAAGAACGGAACGAGACAGUCAAAAACAGAAGAUAGAUAAAGAGGAUAUAAAAGAAAGAAUGUAUGAGCUGAAAAAACAGGAAGAGAAGAACUUGGCUGAGACAUCAAUUAUCUGCCCAGCUGUUGAGGAUUCUAUUUCACAGGACACAGGGCUGUCUUUUGCUGCCAAGGAGGAAAGCUUUCACACUGAGCUCCUGGCAGAGGAUGCACUCUCUGGAGAGGAAUAUGAGUGCAUAUCUCCUGAUGAUAUCUCAUUGCCUCCACUUUCCGAAACCCCAGAAUCCAACCUUCUGCAUUCGGAAACAGAACUAGAAGAACCACAUAGCAGUAGCUCCCGUAGUGUGCAUGUCAGCUCUUACACUGUGCAAAUGCCAAUAAGGGCUGGCAGUAAAACAAUGGAAGAUGAUUCCGAUCCCUUAACCUCAAUUGCUUCUGCUGAUGUGCCUGGCCACAGGAAGGAGUGCAUUUCAGAGCAGCUAGGCAGUUUUUCUUCUUCUACCCUCAGCAGCCAUUCCAAGGACAAGAUAGAAUCUCCAUUUGCUCAUAGUUCUCCAGAAAUGCCUGCAACUCCCCCUGUUUCCUCUACGUUCAAGACCAAGGCUUUCUACUGCAUGAGGAGUGAAGUGCACGAGACCCAUUUGCAAUGCCAUGAGGUUCCCAGAAGCAUGAGGGAAGCACAGAGCAAAUUGCAUGAUGGAAAUAACUUUACUAAAAACCAGGCUAGGCUGCAUGCUUCAUCCAAUGCAUUUUCAGGUCUCUUUCAAUCAGACUCCGUGAGAAACUGUCAGAGGCAGAUGGCUACCGGAGAAGAGAUUAAAAGCAUAUCUGAAAAGAACAGCAAGGUCAGCCUCUCUGGACAGGCACCUCACUUCUCCAAGCUUCUCUCUAAUGUAACUGUCAUGGAAGGUGCUCCGGUGACUUUGGAAGUAGAAGUAACAGGAUUCCCAGAACCUACAUUAACCUGGUACAAGAAGGGCCAGAGAGUGACGGGAGAUGAGCACAUAAAGCUCUUACACCAGGAUACACAAUAUACAUUGUUCAUUGAGAAGGUGUAUGAUUCAGAUGCUGGACUGUAUGUGGUUCGGGCUAAAAAUUCUAGCGGCACAGUGUCCUCCAGUGCCAUCCUCCGGGUGAAAGUACAAGGAAAACAGCCCAACUUCAUAAACAAAUUUGGACACCUCAUUCUGCAAGAAGGUGAUGAUUUAGAUCUACAUUGUACAAUACACGGAGAGCCAAGGCCAAAUGUCAUUUGGACAAAAGAUGGCAUCAGAAUGGCAGCAAGGGAAAUAUGUAUUGAGAAAUUAGGGGACAUCUACUACCUUGUAAAAAGAAACGCAGUUGUUGCUGAUACCGGAAAAUAUAUCUGUCUUGCCACUAAUGAAUUAGGGGAAGCGCACUGCUCAGCUUUCAUCAGAGUAAUAGAGAAAAAUAAAAGUGACAUAUCCCCAACGCAAGACUAAAUCAAAUCAAGAGAAAGGCCAUUUGCUGGGGGGGAAAAAUGAGGACUGCCACACCCUGAGCAGUACAAGGUCAAGAUUGACAUUGCUUCAGAGGUCAAAAUCAAACCAAAAAACAUUCCAACAUUCAGUUUAAUUUCCUUUUGUCUUCAGAAGCACAGGAACAGCCCCUCCAGCCCCUUUCUGUAUAAAGCGUUCUUACUGUUCUCUUCUUUUCAUAUUGUGUGUUUUUUUCAUCAACAAAGCAGCUAACCUUCAGACAUUAACCAUGAGGCAAAGGGCCAUAAGCAGACUCAGGUUUUCAAACUCACCACAUUGCCUCUUCCAAAG